AUGGCGCUUUGGAUUUGUUUGUAAUUAUUAUACUCAAAAGGUAAGGUUUUUUAUUAUGCAUUUUAAGCUGCUACUCAAAAUGUAGUUAUGAAUCCUAUUCCUAUAAUUGAAGUUGUUGGAUUUCAUACAAUAUUAACAUAAUUGGAGUUAAGUUUGUUCCAUCUUCCUUUUUACAAAUUACUAAAUACAUAAAUUUUUAAAUUGCCUGCUGUUAUUUUAGGAGAUACUGGCAAUGUUGAUUUAACUAAAGAUAUGCAAGUCUUUAAAAGAAAUUAUUUAAAUCCAAAAUUAUUUAUGAUAGUACUUUAGAAAAAAGAUGAUGUAUAUUAAGCACAUAAAACUACUAGUUUAAGUAAUUUAUACCAAGAAAAUUCAACUGAUAUAAUAAUUUUGGCAAGUUCUUGGAAUUAUAAUCCAUAACUUUAAAUAAAUAACAUAAUAAUCUUUAACUUGAUGAUUUAUUUAAUAUUAAUUAUUAAAUACGUAUAAUUAUUAAAUACAUAUAAUUAUUAAAAUUCUUUGUAAAAUUUAAGUAAAAGUGGUAUAUCUAAUGCUAAAUUUUUAAUAAAUAUACUUUUAUGUAGAUGAAGAUGGAGCUGAUACAAAUUUCUUAAAUUGUAAUGGUGAUUGUUAAGUUUCUUUGAAUAGUUUUAGAAGUUACGUUUGUUUAAUAUGCAAAUCUCCUCAAUUAAUGAAUGAAGCAAAUUUUCUUAUUAAUUGUAUUCUGUUGCAGAUGAUUUAUCUAAUGUUGAAGAAACUGUUAAUAUAUGUUGUAAUUUUAAAUAUAAUUCUUGCAUAAAAAAUGAUAAUUAUAAUUCUUUUGGAUAUUAUUUAAUCCAACCUGCAGCUUGAGUUUAUGUAAUAAGUUCAAGUUGUGGAGAUAAUUAUUUUGGCAAUCCAACAACUUUAAUGUGCAAUUAUAAAGGAAAUGGCAAAAGAGAACUAGGAUAUGCCUAUGAUGAAAUUAUUGCUAGGUUCAAAAUUAAUUUUUUUUAUAUUUUGUUUUUGAAAUUAAUAUUUAACUAUUAUAUUAAAUAUAUUUCUUAGUCUAAUAAUAAAGUUAACAAUUUAUAUAAAACGAAAUAUUUAAUUCAUUUACAUAUAAAUGUUGGGGUGGAACUCCAUCAACAAAAAACACUUGUAAAUUUACUUUUGGUGAUGGUAUAUGAGAUACAGGAGAAAUUUGUGAUAUCGCUAAUAAUAAUAAUAUCGAUGGAUGUUUUGAUGAUUGUAAUAAAAUAGAAGAUUAUUGUACAAAGGUAGAAGCUCCUAUAAAUUGUUUUUUAAAAUAGUGGAAAUGGAAAAUUAGAAUUAAGUACCUCUGACUUGGAAUAAUGCGAUAUUGGAAGCGGCAUAAGAGGAGGAUGUACUAAUUAUUAAAUUGAUAAUCGUUAUGAUUAUCUCAAUUCUUAUUUAGUAAGAAACUUAAACAAAUGA